CACGAUUUAACCUCAAAUCCCUGUACGUCAAAUGUUCUUGCCCGGCGUGUUUAAUAAUACAAACCGCGUGUUCGGUACGGUGCAGCAUAACUUAGUCCUAUAUUGUAGACUGGAAUUCGUUCGUUUUAAGUAAAGAUUUUUGGUCAUUAUGGAAGUGGAUAUUCCUACAUCGCCAAUAAAGAAGGAGAAGAAAAAGAAGAAGAUUAAGCAAGAACCGGACACCGAGAUCGAAAACUUGGGCGAAAUCCAGAAAUCCGGAGAUUUUCAAUUGAAGCCAUCCUCUGCCAUCGCCAGCUUAGAUACGUCCAAAUGGCCCCUGCUGUUGAAGAACUUUGAUCGGCUGAACGUACGCACCAACCACUACACGCCACUUCCGUUCGGUUCGUCUCCGCUGAACCGAAAGGUCAAUGAUUACGUUUCGGCUGGUUUUAUCAACCUGGACAAACCCUCUAAUCCCAGCUCGCAUGAAGUGGUCGCGUGGAUUAAGCGUAUCCUGAAGGUAAACAAAACAGGUCAUUCGGGAACACUUGACCCGAAAGUUACGGGUUGUUUGAUUGUUUGCAUUAACCGGGCAACGCGCUUGGUGAAAAGCCAGCAAAGUGCAGGCAAGGAAUAUGUGGCCGUUUUUAAACUCCACUCCGCCGUGGAGAAAAUAGCCAAGGUUACUCAGGGUCUAGAGAAGCUUCGCGGUGCUCUGUUCCAACGCCCUCCACUGAUUUCCGCCGUCAAGCGGCAGCUGCGUGUGCGUACCGUGUAUGACUCGAAGCUGCUGGACUACAAUGACCAACGCAAUAUAGGCGUGUUUUGGGUUAGUUGUGAAGCUGGUUCGUAUAUUCGAACGAUGUGCGUUCAUUUGGGUCUUGUGCUUGGUGUUGGUGGGCAGAUGCUCGAACUUCGCCGCGUUCGGUCCGGCAUUCAGUCGGAAAAGGAUGGCAUGGUGACCAUGCAUGAUGUGCUUGAUGCCCAGUAUCUGUACGAAAAUCACAAGGACGAAUCGAUGCUGCGCCGGGUAAUUAAACCACUAGAGGGAUUGCUCGUUGGCCAUAAGCGCAUCAUCAUGAAAGACAGUUCGGUAAAUGCGGUAUGCUACGGAGCAAAGAUUCUACUUCCCGGCGUGCUGCGGUACGAGGAUGGUAUCGAGAUCGAUCAAGAAAUCGUGAUCGUGACCACCAAGGGUGAAGCGAUAGCAUUGGGAAUCGCUCUCAUGACGACAGCCACGAUGGCUGGAUGCGAUCAUGGAGUCGUUGCUAAAAUAAAACGCGUCAUAAUGGAGCGCGACACUUACCCACGGAAAUGGGGUCUCGGCCCAAAGGCAUCGAUGAAGAAGCAACUGAUUGCUUCGGGCAAAUUGGAUAAGUACGGCAAACCGAAUGAAAACACUCCGAAAGAUUGGCUCAACAGCUACAGUGACUUCAACCGGUCAGCUAAGCAAGCGAAUGGAAAUGGAACAUCCGCUGACGAUGAGUUUGCUGGUGGAAAACGAAAAUUGAGCAUCGGCGAGAAUGUCGAAUCAGCAGCAACAAUCGGCGACGGAGAAGAAAAGAAGAAGAAAAAGAAGAAGCAAAAGAAAGAUGCUGAGGAUGGUGAUGGCGAAGCAGUCGGUGCUGAAGGUCAGCCGAUGGACCAAGCGGAGGGCGAUGAGGAAAUGAAAAAGGAAAAAAAGAAAAAGAAAAAGAAAGACAAGAACGUAUCUGUAGAUGAAGUGGCAGAAUAAGGUUCGAACGGGAAAAUUUCCAUCGUGUACCGAUAUAAAGACCGGUACUAACUUUGAUUUUUUACGCAUUAACGUCUUGUUGCAUGAUGCGGGACUAUAGAACUUUGGUUCUAUAUACUCGUUCAUUAAUACAGAGCUCACUUAGAUGAUCCUUACUACUAUGUUUUACGGUACCCCGUAAACAAAUUGUUCAUGAACUAUCAACCACUACCACCUAUCUACCUUUAGUUGCAAACAAUCUAUGAAUAAUUUAGGAACUGACUCAUGGGAAGAUAAUUUGCGAAUCUUUUCCGAAGUUCCUAUUAUUAAAUGUUUUUCGAAAGAGCUAUAUGUCUAUACGCUUGAAUGGAAAGUAUAAGCAACUAUGUGUAUAGGAGUUUUCACAUAGCAAUAGGCGCGUGUUAUACAGAAUUAGAAUUUAAAUUUAAGAAAUAAAAAAAAAGAAAUGUAUUGAAA